AUGUUGCAACCUCCCGGAAGUCACAAUGGUGCCGGAUCCCGUAACGUUCGUCGCCAGAACCUAGGCCAUUCGAAGAACACAUCCACGUCGCCGGACGAUCAAGUCCGCCUUCUCCAGCGAUUGCCCCCGAACAAGCGCUGUUGCGAUUGUCGCGCCAAGCUCCCGUCCUGCGUCAACUUGACCGUUGGUAGUUUCGUUUGCCCCGCCUGUGCCGGCAUUCACCGCGAACUCAAUCAACGCGUCAAGGGCGUGGGACAUUCCAGCUUUACCGACAAGGAAGUCGAAUUCUUGCAGAGCGUCGGUAACAACGAUCUCAUUAACGCUAUCUAUUUGGCGACCUACGACGACGCACAAUCCUCAAGGGGAGGAAGAAUCCAGGAACCGAAGGAUAAUACCGAUCCGCAACAUUUGAAGACUUGGAUUCGCCGAAAAUAUGUGGAUCGUGCCUGGUAUCGUCCUUCUUCUUCCACGGCUGCGGCUCCGCAUCCCACACAGCAGCCUCCACACGCGACUAUUGUGGCGAUUCCUCCGACGGCGCCUGGAACUGCAGGAUCCACCGAUUUUUGGAGCAACAACAACAACCACGCCUCUCCCGCACCGGCUUGGGACGCAUUCGGGAGUAACAACACUACCGCCACGACGAAUGCGGGAUCAUCGCAAUCAGGAUUUGGACCAGCGCAGUCUCCUCCUCCUCAGGCACCAAACGUGGUAACGAACUUUGCUAAUUUCAACACGGCGCCACCACCCACCCAGCACGGACCUCCCAAUCCUGGGCAGCAGCUGCAACAACAGCAACAGGCCGUCAACAGCUUUGCCAACUUUGAAGCUUCGGGAUCGAAUGGCAACGGAAUCCAGCAACAGCCCAACUCGGGCUUUGCCAACUUCAACUCUCCAGCGGCUACUAUUGUGGGACAACAGCAGUUUUCAACAAACGCUGGUGCCCAACAGCAGCCGCCUUUGAACACCUUUGCAAAUUUGAACGCUUCAACAUCUACUGUAGCUGCUUCCGGAAGCCAGCAGCCGCAAUUCCGUUCGAACACUGGUGCUCCCCAGCAACAGCAACCGGUCCCUCAGAUAAGCGCAUUCGGAGCCACAUCGGCUACCACAGCACCACAGCCCCAACCAGGAUUUGCCAAUUUUAAUUCUGGUGCUUAUGCAGACCCUCAGCAAUACUUUUCGACGAACAGCGGAUCUCAGCAACCUCAAUCGUCGCCACAACCAAGCGGGAUUGCUAAUUUGAACACGGGUCAGGCACCAGCUAAAAUGAAUAACGGAACACAGCUGCCUCAACCAGGAUUCGCCAAUUUCAAUGCAACAUCGGCUGGUGUUGCCGCGAGCCAACAAUAUUUCCCUCAGAAUAACAAUAACAGCUCUCACCAAGCAAAGCUUCCGUCGGCACAGACGAGCGGAUUUGCCACCAUUCAUUCGGGAGGUGUACAUGGUACAAACAACGCUCCAAAUCAGCCGCAACCUGCAGUUCCAAAUUUCAAUCCAAAUGCGGCUGGAAGCGUUCCCGGAGGCCAACAGCAAUUUUCGCCGAACGGGAACUCGCACCAAAUACAGCAGCCGUCGCCACACUCGAGCGGAUUCGCCAACUUUAAUUCAGGAGGUCCACCUGCUGCCACGGAUAACGCUGCACAGCAACCGCAUUCUGGAUUUCCGAAUGUCGACGGAACAUCAGUUGGUAAGGUUCACGGAGGCCAACAGCAAAUUUCGUCGAACAGUAACUCCCACCGAAUUCAGCAGCCGAGCGGAGUUGCCACCUUUAACUUGGGAUCUGCGCCCGCUUCACCGAAGAACACAAGACAACAGCCUGGAUUCAAUCAUUUCAACACUGCAUCGGCCGCUCCUGGGGGGCAGCAGCAAUUUUCGAACGGUAGCUCACCGCGAAUGCAGAUGCCUUCGCCACAGCCGAACGGAUUUGCCAAUUCAAGUACAGGAGGUGAAGUAAAUAAGGCAAUGCAGCGGGCGCAAUUUGCUUCGCCUGGCUCACAAAGCGUACAGGACAGCUCCAUUCCAGGCAAUGAUGGACUGCACCACAGGGGAGUCAAUAGUUCGAUCACUCAAGGAGGUAUACCUUUCGUGCAAGGACGUAACACAGAGCAACCGAUAUCAAGUGUCCAGCAACCUAUGCACUUCCAAGGCGGUAGCAUCAGUCUUUCUGACGGUCUUAGAGAAAGUCACAUCUCGUCCAUUACACGAGGUAUGGGGAACUUGGGUAAUAUUGCCUCCCAGGCAGGAAGCGUGCCGCAUGCUAUGAAUCAAACGUCGAUUCAUCAACAGCCAAUCAGUGAAUUAUCCGAACAGCAAAAGUCACAGCAUAAUAUUCAUCAUAUCCACUCUUCCCCUGGUCCAGAUCGACAAACACCUACGGAAGCUGCGAAAAAUACAUCUACGGACGGUGACUCCGCCCCAAAUGAUGGUAAAACAGCAUCCGUAUACAUGGAAAACCAUCCAUCCAAAUUCACGGCUGGCCAAACUGUGUACUACAAGAGCUCCACUUACGUGGGAAAAGCGAAGAUCAUGAAGGUGCAUUUGGACGAUGAUCUUGAACCAUUCUAUACUAUUCUUGUAGACGGCAAAGAGAAGCAAACAGAUAAUGGGCAUUUGUCGGAAAGGAGUCCUUUGGAGGAAAAGGUGCAGGAAUUGAUUGGUUCUUUGACUGAGGAUCAGCUCUUGCAAGUUCAUCAGUUUAUUAUAAGGUUCCCAUUGACUGUGACCAGUUCAGAAACAGAUUCUGUUGUUCCUCCUGCUGCUUCUGCCACCAUAAUUACUGGCAGUAGACAGCCACCGGUCUUAGCUUCGACUUCAUCAAUGUAUCCUCCUGCUUCUUUGACUGCAAACGUCCCCAUUCCUGGUUCGGGGCAACAACAAGCUGCAACAGGAGACGCGCCAAUGUCUCCGAAAGGAAAUCCAUUUGAUUUGUACUAA